AUGAGUCUUCCAAAAGAAAGCAUCUCCUGGUUCAAUCCUGCCAUCGCUCUUGCUGCUUCGCUCAUACUACCGACCACAUACUGCAUCUUCCGACCACGACUCAAUAUGUUGGGCCUUUUUAGCAUCAAAAAGGUCACGCCCGCUGCAGCUGUCGACUCACUGGACUUACAAGAAAUCAGCAGAGCUCUUCAGGAGGGUAUCUUCACAAGCGAGGAUCUGCUCUAUCUAUCCAGGAUUUCGCAGGUGAACGAUCACGUCCGAGCGGUAGGUUGUAUCAAUCCAGAUGCCAAGUCGAUUGCACUCCAGCGAGAUCAAGAGAGACGGAAUAGCCAUGUGUACAGACCUCUUCACGGCAUUCCAUUCCUUGUCAAGGACACAUUCAUCACUCUGGAUCAAAUGGAUACCACGGGUGGAUCAUAUGCACUAGUCGGAGCAAAGUAUAAACUUGAGUCAACUCUCACCACAAAGCUACGAGACGCCGGUGCAAUUCUUCUGGGGAAAACAAACCUCAGUGAGUGGGGAAUGUCGCGAUCCUCGAAUUGCAAGAGUGGCUGGUCGCCUCUAUAUGGACAAGCUGUUGGAGGGUUCUAUGAAGAUCAGGAUCCACAAGGGUCAUCCUCAGGUAGUGCAAUUGCAGUAAGCUUGAAACUGGCGAGCUUUGCUAUUGGCGGGGAAACUUGUGGAAGUAUCCUCUAUCCAGCUCAGAAAAACGGGGUGAUCGGUCUCAAACCAACACCUGGCUUAACCUCUCGGGCUGGAACUAUUCCUAUCAAUCCAGAGCAGGACUCAGUCGGUCCUUUGACUCAGUACGUUAAGGAUAGUGCGAUUAUUUUAAAUGCCAUCACCGGACAGGACAGUCAUGACUCUGCGACCAACAACAUACCAUUUAAGGAGAUCCCAGAUUAUCAAUUCGGUUGCCAAAAAGACGCGCUGAGGGGAGUUCGUGUCGCUGUUCCCAAGUCGGUUUAUGGAAUAGCAGACUCAGACUCAGAUCCAGAGGUUGGAAUUGCUUUCCGAAAUGCCGUCUCCCAGUUCCGAGGUCUUGGUGCUAUUAUCAUCGACGAGGUUGAUUUUGAACAUUGGAAACCUCGCACCGGUCAACAAGAGGAUCUUUUUGGUGAUGUCUUGCUGCGAGAAGCCUUGAAUGAAUUCUUUGAGGAAGUCGUGAAAAGUCCUCCUGGAGUAGAAAAACUUGAAUCUCUCGGAACUGAUCAGAUUCACCGAGUAUCUGAAGAGUUCCUAGCGUCGAAAGCCCGAAUGGAGUUUCUAGGUGAUGAUGUCGCACGUCUCUUGGAUCAGUAUCAGUGUGAUACUGUUCUUGCGACAUCUUCCACAGACCUUCCACUGGACCUUGGAAGACUACCGGGUAUUCAGAUACCGCUUGGUUUCUACUCUGCUGAGUGUGAAGUUGUCCGAAAUUUGAAGGGGAUGGUGACCAAAGCUCCAAAUAUCCCGUAUGGGAUUACUCUUACUGGACGUCGAUUCAGCGAGGAAAAAUUGAUUGCUUGUGCGUAUGCAUUUGAGCAGGCUACACUUACUGUGAGACAGAAUGAGGAAAGACUAUUCUUCAAGCAGCAUCUGGGUUGA